AUGCUGUCGUUCAGGGCUUCCGAGAUCGCAGACAGCGAAGGCGAACCGGAACCGUCGUCGGAGUGCAGCACACACGAUGAGGUUCUCGUCAAAGGAACGCAGGAGGGUUCAUCAACUUCUGCAAACCAGGGCCAGGCAGUCACCGGCGGAAUGGGCGAAGAUCGGGUUGAGUGCACACAGUGGGUCUUGUCGCCUUUUGGACCCAAGGAGCCGGCGGUCGCCAGCGGGACGGACGUUGCUGCAGGUGUCAUCGUGCGUGCCAGAGAGUUGGUACAGUCAACGUUGAUCAUCACCGAGGCGGCGAAACCGUCCGAGUCAAACACACGCAGCAGGACGCCGCACAUCCUCACCGAGUACAGCAAGCUUCUCGAAGAGAAGGGCUACAGAGCCUUGGUCGACGCCGUGACGGCAGCAGAGCCGGGUGAGGGAAACGGGCACAAAACGCCCAUCAUCGGUCUGAUGCGGAGAUACUUUCAGGAUGACCAGCUCGCCGAAGAAAUCGACACCGCCUUGGAGGACAAGAUGGGACGGUUGAGGAAAGUAGGGGGUUCAAGCCGCUCGAGGAGGUACCUGCACGGCCAGAACCACACGGCGGACAAAAUAUCUACCAGCAAAGUCGACACACUCCGCCAGUUCUGCGACAAUGUCGAAAAGCGCAUCAAGGCAGUGCCACCAGGCGAAGGAGAUGUUCCGUUUGUAAGGCCUCUGGCACGCUUCGGUUUCACCACCCAGCCUGCGGUCCGUUUUCAGAACCACAGGGAUCAUGUCAGUUCAGACACUCUCAUGAACCUGACAGAAUCUGUCUGCUAUCGUUUCUUCCCCAAAUAUGAGAUUGAGCAGUCCCUCGUCUUCGCGGCUUGGGAGCCAGGCCAGGGCUGGGCUGCGGAGAUCCUAUUCACAAGACUCGGAGGCGGCUACAUUAAUGCCGGGACGGGAUUCGCCGACUGUAAGGCCGGGCAGAGUAUCCCCAAGGUCAUAGAUCUCCCAGACAGCUCCUAUAGGGAGUGGCAAAACGCCGUCGUACGAGACACGUUCUUGUUGGCUAAUUUGAAAGAGGAAGCACGACGGGCGUGGGCAGGGGCAGAGGAGGCAGUCGCGAAGGAGCGAGAGGAAUUGAGGGUCGAGCAGCAGAAAUUGGAGGACUUGAGGAAGGAGAUAGCGCUGCUUGAUGAGCUAGAGUACAAUAUGGCCAAGGAGGAGCUGGCGAGGGCUGUCGCGGUGAAGGAGAUGCUUGAUCGGCUUGAUGCUGUAUGCGACGAGAUUGAGCUGCAGCAAGCUUCGAAGAUUUAG